AUGAGCGGACAAACAAAAUUGUUUGGCGACAAGGCCUUUGAUCUUCUCAAGGAACUCGAGAGAUCAUCGGCUACAAUUCCCGCCUUCGAUGACGACGGAGUGCGUCAGGUACUUGAAGAAAUCAAGGCGAUAUUCGAGGAGAACGUGGCCCAGGCCUCCACUUACAAUGCUUCCGGGGAUCGAAGUUUGUGGCCCCUUCUAAACUUUCGUCAUGCGGCUCUUCAGCGGAACAAAAGGUGCCUCCUAGCCUAUUUGUAUGAGAGGUGCAAGAGGAUCAAGGCGCUGAGGUGGGAAUUUGGACCCAUCAUUCCCGGGGACAUCAAGCAGUCGCUCUGCGAACCGGAGGUGCAUUUCUUCAACAAUUACUCCAAAUCCCUGGCAUCGUACAUGUGCAGUGCGGGCUACAACCAGGGAUUGCCCAUUGAUCUCACCAACAACCUGAGGCCCCCGAAAUCCCUUUAUAUAGAGGUUCGCUGCAUGGAGGAUUAUGGAAAAUUCGAGUUAGACGACGGCGAGGUGAUCCAUUUGAAGAAGAAUAGCCAGCAUUAUCUGCCCAGGGCUCAGGUGGAGUCCCUGGUGAGGCAGGGCAUCCUUCACCAUAUAGCUUAG